AUGGCUAGUAUAUUUGAAUCAUAUGAAGAUGAAAUAAAACAAUCAUUUAAGCAAUUUGAUACCAUUGCAGCUGGUUUUCAACAUUUACCUACUGAUCAAAAACCAGCCGAGUUAGAAAAAUUAGAAAAUUUAUUAUCAAAUAUUGAAAGUAAUUUGUCAAGUCUAAAUUUAGAAUCAAAUAGAACAGGUAAAUCCACACAACAAUACUUUACACAAUUUUAUCAAGCAAAAAGAAGCUUUCAACAAUAUAAAGAUAAAUAUCAAAAUGAGAAAAAUUAUGCAGAUCUCAUCCCAUCACAUCAUGACUUUAAUACAUCAGCAUCACAAUCACAGCGUGACCGUGUUUCUAGAGGUAAUAAAACAUUAGAGAAUGGUAUUCAAAUGAUUAGGAUGGCGAAUGAUCAAGUUAGAGAGGAUAAAGUCAUGGCAGAGAAAACUUUAAAUGAAUUAGCGGUUCAAAAGGAACGUUUAAUUGGUUUUGAAAAGAAAUUUGACUCAAUCGAUGGAUUUUUGGAUAAAUCUAAAAAACUUAUUGCUCAGAUGACAAGAAGAGCUAUGGCAAAUAAAUUCAUUAUGGUUGGUAUUAUUUUAAUAUUAUUAGUUGCUAUUAUUUUAUUGGUUUGGUUGAAAUUUGCAAGACAUUCCAGCAAUACAGAUUCAUCACAUGAAAUUUCCUCCUCAAGCCACGAAACAUUAGCCCCCUCAUCAACCCCAUCAUCAACUCCAUCAUUAACUCCAUCAUCAACACCAAAUCCUACAACAACCCCCUCAACUGAAACACCAAGUACAACAACAGCCUAA